AUGGAGGUAGCAGGCAUGGAGUUCCUUCUGGACACCGUCGACAGGUUCCCCUUGCUGGAGGAAUUCACCGACAGUGUUGAGCAGCCGGAUCCAGUUCCCCUGGCGCGGAUGGAAGCAAACGAGCCAAGUUACGCUGGUAGCGCUGUCUCAAAAGAUGAUUCUGGUUGUGCCCAACAGAUUGGUGAAGUUGAGGUGGACAGGAAUGCACCUGCUGCUCGCGGGCGUGCGGCCACAUCUCCAACUCGGUCAGCGCAGUCCACUGGCAGGGUGAACCCCGAAGCCCCCGGGUGGACAAAGAGGUUAAGGCUGGGGAGUGCGCCACCGGACAGGACACCAUGUCCCAGCCGUAUGAGCGCGCUUGAGGAGUCGAUGCGCAAGUAUGCUGAAGAACCCAGGAAAAAUGUGGUGCAGCCGUCGUUGGGUCUGACCUUUGAUUCAGUCGGUGAAGCAUACGACUUUUACAAUUUGUAUUCCUGGGAAACGGUUUCGGCAUUAGAUAUGGAAAGAGCCGGCUUAACGUUGAGAGGACAAAGUGUAUGCAAGAAAUUGUGUGCGGUUGCUCGGGGAAGCCAGAAGCAGAAAAUAGUAGGUCCUGUAGGUGUGAGUGUCCUGCUUUGA